AUGCAAGUACCAGUGGGAUUUCUGGCCAAGCUAUGGAGCUUUGUGUCCUUUUUGCCUUUCUUUUUCUUGCUCUUCAUCCUUGGUUCUCUCAAAGGAAUCUUGUUUGGUAUAAUCGUGCUAUUCAUCAUUGUUGUUGGGAACACAUCGGUGGUGAUUGGACUAUGGCCGGCUCAUUUUAUCUGGACUUAUUAUUGUGUGGCGAAGAGCAAAAGGCUGGGAUGGAUUUUGAAGAUUUUGGUGAUCAUAUCACUUCCUGUGCCUCUGAUUAUAUGGCCAUUUGUGACGAUCAUUGGAAGCGUGCUAGGUGGGAUAGGAUACGGGUACUUUGCUCCCCUGAUUGCAACUUUCGAGGCCGUUGGAGAGAAUGUCAAAGAGAAGUUAUACCACUGUUUUGCUGAUGGUACUGUCUCCACAAUCAAAGGAAGUUGCACCGCAGUGAGAGACUUUACUGAUUUCUGCUUUCACUCAUACUUCUCCUACAUGGAUGAACUUUCUCAGGAAGUACCAGAAGAUGAGAAACCGAUGGAAAUAAAGCUGUCAAGACUUCCAGGCUCCCUUUUGGUCUCCAUGCUUGCUAUUCCAGUUGAUGUGCCUGUAAUUACCGGCAUCGCUAUUUGGAAAAGCCCUUUCAUGUUGUUGAAGGGAUGGAAAAGGCUGUUUGAAGACUUGAUUGGACGGGAAGGCCCAUUUCUUGAGACUGUAUGCGUACCAUUUGCUGGGCUUGCUAUUCUGCUUUGGCCAUUAGCAGUCACAGGAUCUGUUGUGGCUGCUUUUCUCUCCAGCUUCUUUCUUGCUCUUUAUGGUGGACUUGUUGUACUUCAGGAAAAUUCUUUCAAGAUGGGACUUGCAUAUAUAGUUGCUGUUAUAGCACUAUUUGAUGAAUAUACAAAUGAUCUACUUUAUUUGAGGGAAGGAUCAUGCUUUCCAAGGCCUCGUUAUCGUCGAAACAUGAGUAGUAAUCCGAAUGAGGAAAGGAGGUCGCCAGAUAGAAUGAAUGAGAGAGAAGGCUCAAAACAUACCAAACUGGUUUCUGAAGGUUCAAGAACUUUAAAAGAGGCUAUUCAUCGCUACACGCCUAUGCAGGUGUGGGAUUGGCUCUUUAAAUCUUGCGAAGUAAAUGGUAGACAGCUUCUCCAAGAAGGUUUGAUAGAUGUAAAAGACAUCGAGGCAUGCAUAGUCAAAGGGAAAUGUAAGAAGUUGGGCAUCAAGCUUCCUGCAUGGUCUAUAUUGCAGUGCCUUCUUGCAUCAGCACAUUCAAACUCCUCUGGCUUAUUGAUCGCUGAUGGAGUGGAGUUAACAAAGACUAACUGGCCAAGGGACAAACUGUUUGAAUGGUUUGUUGGGCCUCUUUUUGUGAUGAAGGAGCAGAUAAAGGGAUUAAAAUUGCAGGAAGAUGAGGAAAUCUGCCUGAAAAAGCUAGUCAUGGGCUUCAAGAAUGAAAGGCCGGAAGAAUGGGACGAAACAGGAUUUCCAUCCGGUGACCACAUCAGGAGAGCACAGUUGCAAGCUGUCAUUAGGAGGUUGGAAGGAAUUGUAGGUUCUUUAUCCCGGUACCCAACAUUCAGGAGGCGAUUUAAAAACUUGGUUAAGGUGUUGUAUAUAGAGGCUUUGCAGACCGGACUUUUGGUAGAGCAUGUUGUAGAGAAGUCAUCAAACUCAAGACAAAGUAAGAAGUCGGUUGGCGGAAUGGGUGUUAAAAGGGCAGAGAAAAACCAGCAGUACCUGCCACGUGACAACUUGAACAACGUGUGA